AUCCAAAUCUGCAGGUGUCAUGUGUCAGCUGGACUCCCCUUCGCCACGGACACCACCAGUCGCCCCCGUCGCCACGUCGCCUAUGACGGUCCGAAUUAGCGAGGCAUGGCCCGGACAGUCGACCAAACACCACUGGAUGGCAUCGUAGUCACCUGGAUGUGCUCCGGUGCAUCCGUGGAGAAGGAGGAGAAACCCAGAUCCAGCGUGAUACCACGCUCCUGCCGCACCUGGUGCUUCGAGGACUCCAUGCCUCGAGCCUCGAGGUCUUGGUGGCUGCGACUGCCCAUCGACCCAACUGUAUCCGAGCGGAGUCGCCGCUUGGCUACCACACUCCCAUCUGCAUCAGAGUAGCCUUCGGUGCCGCAGGUACAGUUGACAACACGCGGCCUCAGCUCACGCCGUUCAAAUCACUAGUGAUGAGCGCGUCCCUUUUCAAACUGAGUGCUGG